AUGUUUUCCAGUGAAAUUAUGGUGAUAUUAGUGAUGUUAGGAAAUUUUCGGUGUGAUGCCAGCUCUGAAAUAUGUAGUAUGAAACUUCAUCGUUGUGAGAACGCCAGGGACGAUCGUCUCUCUAAUACUACCGACCAAAACGUCUUAUGCUCUUCUUAUAAGCUAUAUACCAAGUGCUUGGAUGAUGCUCUGAAUUUGUGUUCUCAUCAACGAUUUAUUCUGAGAUCAAUUUCAUUCUACCAAAAUAAAUUCAACUCCACUUGUAAAUCAGAUGAUAAAAAAUGUGAUGAAAUCCUGGAUACUUGCAAACAAAUUACUAACUCAAUGGUUACUAACGAAACUGCUGUCGAUUGUCCAAACUUUCUGGAAUAUAUUGUAUGUGUAUCAGAUGAGAAGUGUUCUCUCGGAGGACUUUAUGAUAUGUAUGAUAUCACUGAAGAAUAUUGCAGGAUCAUCAUGACCUCCAGUGGUAUUAAGAAUUGCAAAAACUGUUCAUCUCUAAAGACUCCAUUUUUGUCAAAUGUUAACUUGCUCAAUAAUCCAGGAACAUGGUGUGGGCAAAGAUACAAUUGUCUGACAGUUAGCUACCCAGGAAAGUCUCCCCAUAAGAAAAGCCCUCCUUAUGAAUCUCCAGCGUUAGAACUUCUUCGUAAACAACAUAAAGAGUUUGACUCUGGAUUUUCACAAAGUAAUACCGAGAGCGAUGAUAGUGAUGAAACAGAAGAAAGUGAAGAAGCUGAAACUGGCGGAGGUUAUGGGAGAGAACAAAUGGAAGCAGACGAAGAGGUGGAAGUCGAGGAUGAUGAGUUUGAGACGGGAUUUCAAAACAUUACUGACAUCGGUAGUAACUACACCUUUCGACAGAGGCCUAUUGAUGACAGAAAGAAACGGCAAGCACCUUCUUUUGGUAUCAAUAGACCAAUGGUUAAUUCAACUGAAGAGAUAAUGGAAGUCCGGAGUUCUGAACAGAAUAUAACUUCAAGAUCUUCUAGAAUUGACGACAGUAUUCGUGAUGAUAAUGAAGUGAAAUAUGAUUAUGAAGAGUACCAGGAUUAUGAAAGCAGCACCUCUAAUUCUACUAGUACUGUAACAAAUACUACUACUUCGUAUAACUCCACUGAAAAGUUUACAGGGAUGAUACGAUGUCCAAAUCCUUCGCAAAAACUCCACAUUCGAAGGGUAGUGACGGGAUAUUCGAGCACUGGGUACUGUGUUAGAGAUACAACAUACUGCUCUAAAGACAUUACCGAUUUUAAACAGGUAAUUGAUUGUGAAGGAGUAUUUGGAGAAUGUAAACUAGAGCUACCUAUAGAAAGUCAUGAUAGUUGUGAAAAUAGUAACUAUGUUAAAAUUGAGUAUGAUUGUAUUUAUGAUCAUUCCCUGGUGGAUAUUUGUUCUAAAAUACAUGUAAGUAGAUGGAGGGAAAUAGCUAUUCAAUCACCAUCAUACCCAGCUUCAGCAUCAGUACCAUCAGCUAAUAUUAAAACCUGUGAAUGUGAGAUUGUUACUGAUGAUAAAUCCUCCCUCUAUAUAUCCUAUUUGAAAAGCGACAUGUCUGGCUCUGAUGAUAAAUGUGACGAAGAGGUAUUGCUGUUUGAAGAGAAGUAUAAUGCCAACAAUUCGUCAAGGUUCCAAGUUACUGGUGAAAUAUGUGGCAAGAAGUCGUCCUAUUCCAGAAGGUUUGGAGAUAAUCAAAUACGAAUGACCUAUUUAAUAGGUGGAAUCGACGAUACUAGGAAGCGUGGUGGUUUUUUAUCAAGAAUUUCCGCACAUUCAUUUGUAAGAGGUAACAGUCUAAUCAACGUUAAAUGUUCUUCUGUCCAAGCUAAUGCAGCAGGUCAGGCAAAUAGAAAUCAUCCGGUAAGAGCCGUACCAACACCAAUCAAGAGAACUAUUAUUUCACCAUUUUUUGUUAAAGAAAGGAACAAUGUUUCCCAUCCCGUGCCAAUACUCUAUCACAAAUUAACAACUUCCAGUCCUCAGACUGCUACUACCCCUCGAUGGCGAAUAGGACCCCGUGGUCGUAAAUAUAUACCAAGACCUGGUAACCCGAAUGGACCAAUAUUUUUGGACGGAUUAGGCCCCGCAGGUGUUAGAAGACGUUAUCCAAGUCGCAUUGGUGUACCGAGAAGAUAUAGACCUGGCUUACGAAGGAGAAUUCAGAGAACCACUGUAGCACCCUUUCUGUUCAAUUUUACCAGACCUGUACUACCAGAAACAAAUGUUGAAAACACCACAAAAUACAUUGAACCUACAACGGCAACUCCAAAUAAUAUCAGUUUAACGAAUAAGACUGCGGUGGCUGCUGUUGCUUCUAACAGUGCUGGGGCUGUCAAAGCUGGUGAAGAAGAUAUUUCUGUAAAUCCAGCUGCUUCAACUGAUGCUAAAGGAACGCUGGUAGCAGUUAUAGCUAGUAUGGCGUCCAUCCUUGUCAUCAUAGUAUCUGUUGGAUUUUACUAUUUCUAUAGAAAACGCCAGAAAGCACUCCCCAGUAUGAGCAAGGUACCUUCUGACACCAGCAGUACAUGGUUUAGUGAAUAUUAUUAUGGGAUAACCAACUUUUGCAAGCGAAAAAUUUAUGGUGACAGUAGUAAUACGACUCAGCUAUCACCAGAUGACAACACAGAUGAAUCCAUGUAUGAAUCCUAUCAAAAUGAUGCCCUCAAUAGUAACGAAGUAACAGAGGGUAAACCAUCAAACUUAGAAAUAAUAACCACCAACUUAAGUAAAUCCAAAGACAAUAGUCAAUCUAUUUUCGGCAAUACAUGUACUAUCAAGUCUCAAAUUGAAACUUUGGAAUCUCUAGAAGUCAAACUUGUAGCUCCACCACGUAGGAAACGGAAUAAACUAGCUCCACCAAUACAGAGCGCAGAAACAUCACAAACAGGACGUAGCCGGGUACAACAACCUCCAACAACUGCUGACUAUGAUAACCCACAUACACCAGAAAGGGAAAGUGGUGGGGUACAGCAACGUCAGACAACUGCUGACUAUGAUAACUCAGAAACACCAGAAAGAGAAGGUAGCGGGGUACAGCAACGUCAGACAACUGCUGACUAUGAUAACUCAGAAACACCAGAAAGAGAAGUUAGCGGGGUACAGCAACGUCAGACAACUGCUGACUAUGAUAACCCGAUUGUGACAGAUAACACUGAAAACAACCCUGUCUCUGACAAUACCUAUGAUAAUUGUAUAUCAGCUGGUACAACUCGACAACACACGCCUUUAUCUCCAAUUAUUGAAAUUCAGGAUAAUGAAAAUACGGAAUAUGCUAGCAUUCCUGAAAUGAUUUCUAUGUUUAACUCCCAGUGCUAAUUAAUGCUUUCUAAGUAAUUUGUAGUUUAUGAAUAAGUUAUAUAAUAUUUCCAUCUUGUUUUAUUAGUUUUGCAAAGAUAAAAUUAUAUUUGAAGAAAC